AUGUUGGGCCAGAGCAUCUGGAGGUUCACAAUCUCUGCGAUCUGUAGGUGCCACUAUGAGGAGGCUCCUGGGAAGAAUUUGCCAUUUUCAGUGGAAAACAAGUGGCGUUUACUAGCCAUGAUGUGUUUGUACUUUGGAUCCGGAUUUGCUGCACCCUUUUUUAUAGUAAGACACCAACUGCUUAAAAAAUAA